AUGGCUGCCAUAAUUGGCUGUUUAGUAAAUAUACCACGGAAAAAUAGAGAAUUUAGAGUAAUAAACUUAAAUGAAAACCUAAAUGAUGAAGAAUUGAGAAGAAAGUUCAGGUUUGGAAGGAGAGGAAUAGAGUAUUUGGCCGAUUUGCUGAGAGAGGACCUAGCUAGGGAAACAGACAGAAGUUGUAGCCUGUCAGUCGAGGAACAAGUCUGUAUAGCGCUGAGGUACUACGCUUCAGGUUCAUGUAUGCAGGUUGUUGGGGACACACAUGGGAGACAUAAAAGUAUUGUUUGUAGAGUUGUGGAUAAGGUUACCAAAGAGAUAGUGAAGCGUCAUAAGCAGUACAUUAAGUGGCCAGUUGAUGAAGCUACCAAGAGACGAGUGAAGUCUGAUUUUAGCAACAUAGCUGGAUUUCCAGGUGUUAUAGGGUGUGUUGAUGGUAGCCACGUCCGUUUGAUCAAGCCAUCACCAGACCAAGAGAGAGGUUUUAUCAACCGAAAAGGAUUCCCGUCCAUAAAUGUGAUGGCAGUGUGCGAUGCAAAAGGAAAAUUCACAUUUAUCAAUGCGCAGUGGCCUGGAUCAGCUCACGGUAGCUUUAUAUUUCGAACAUCCACACUUGGAUGCCACAUGGAGAGAAACCACAGGGGUUUGGAAGAUGGGAUUAUUCUUGGAGACAGCGGGUAUGCGUGUUCAAGAUACUUGAUGACACCAUACAGAGUUGCAGACACCAACCAAACGACAAACUUCAAUAGGGGGCUCUGCAGAACAAGGGUACUCAUUGAGUGUACGUUUGGACGUUGGAAGAGGAGAUUUGGAAUUCUCCAUGGAGAGUUGAGAAAGACACCAGCCAAGGCAUCAGAAGUGAUUGUGGCGUGUGCUGUUCUCCACAAUAUAGCCAUCAUGCUGCAAGAACCUGGUGUACCUGAUGAUGACAAUGGCGAUGGGGCAGACGCACAAAUACCAUAUGCAGGCAGGGAGACUGGCUUUUUGGUCAGAGAUCACCUUGCUCAAGUUUACUUUUAG